GUGGCCUGACGGAAUACAGAUGGGAAAAGAAACAGGCACGACUCGUCAGUAAGGACGGUUAGUGGAGAGGGAAAGCAGAGUAACCGGUCUCUCGGACAGCUGAUGUAACGUAAAGUAAUGGUGGACGGUUGGCGUUGAGCUCAGAUGGCGGUGUGUGCCAGGCUAUGUGGGGUGGGUCAGUCACGGCGGUGCAGGCGGAGACAGAGACACGGCCAACGCGACCAGGAGAGCGAUUCUGAGGUGGACAUGGACGAAGAAGAGGAGGAGGAGAAGAUUGUAGGUAAAAGCAGAGCGCGUGGCCUCAGCGGUAGUCAGAAAGGCCGUACCGCGGUGUGCGACGACGCCUCGGCUAGUCGCAGUGUCGCGGGCUCGGAUGAUGAUGAUGAUGAAGAAGACAAGGCCUGUGCUGCAGCUGCGCCUCCUCAGCCACGAUCUCUACAGGAUUUACCACCCGAGCUUCUAGUAGAGAUCUUCUGUUCUCUGCCCGGCACGGCGCUGCCCAGCCUGGCCCUGGUGUGUAAGAAAUUCAGACAGAUCCUCAGCACUGAGACUAUAUGGAGAAGACGCUGUGCAGAGGAGUUUGGAAUGAAGGAUGACCUGCGGAAGAUGGAGGUGGCGGGAUUGUCCAGCCGAGAGCUUUAUGUAAAACGUGUGAACCCUAGGGUGAAGUCGGGCCGUUUUAUGAAGCUCCUGCCCGAUUAUGAACACAUGGACUACUGGGACGUAUACACACACUUGCUCCAUCCAUACAGACACAUUUUGGGUCUAUGGCAGCCAGAUAUAGGCCCCUACGGUGGUCUGCUAAACGUAGUGGUGGAUGGAUUGUUUAUCAUUGGCUGGAUGUAUCUGCCACCCCAUGAUCCACGUGUGGAGGAUCCCAUGCGGCGGCGUCCUCUUUUCCGCAUCCACAUGUGGGAGCAUAACAAAGCCACUGUGGAGUGCAUGUACGGCCGCAAGGGGCCUCACAAUGGGGACAUUCAGACAGUAAAAAAAGAUGAGUUCUCUACCAAGUGCAACCAAACAGAUCACCAUCGAAUGGCCGGCGGGAGACAAGAGGAAUUCCGCACAUGGUUGGAGGAGGAAUGGGGACGGACAUUAGAGGAUAUUUUUCAUGAACACAUGCAGGAGUUGAUUCUCAUGAAGUUUAUCUACACCAGCCAGUACGAUAAUUGCCUGACGUAUCGGCGGAUCUACUUGCCCCCGUGCCUCCCUUCAGACCUGCUGCAGCCGGGCCUCUUUAAAGGUACAUACGGCAGCCAUGGCCUGGAGAUCAUUAUGCUGAGCUUCCAUGGCUCUCGGGCCAAAGCCACCAAACUUACAGGUGACCCUAAUGUACCAGCAGGUCAGCUGACCUUAGACAUAGACCUGAGUCGGCCAGUGCAGCUGCCUGACUUGGAGCAGCAGCGAAAUAUUGACGAGCUUUCUCGCUUGGUGAUGGGGGUACAUCAGGAAAUUCAGAGGGGUGCCACAGGUAUGGGCGCCCCCACCAAGGGCACGUCAGUGGCAGAGAGCUCUGAUGUUGGCUCUGGCUCCGGAGAAGAGGAUGCAGGGAGUGCUGGAACUUCUAGCAGUCAGGGUGAACCUCAGCCCUUUGUGCUGCCUUUAGGAGUCAUGGCCCGAAAUGAGGUCUACCCACGAUCAUGCAAGAUAUGUUUCUAUGGAACAGGUCUGAUAGCGGGUCAUGGCUUCACGAGUCCGGAGCGCACCCCGGGCCUGUUUGUCCUUUUUGACGAUGACCGGUUUGGGUUCAUCUGGCUUGAGCUGAAGUCUUUCAGCUUGUACAGCCGCUUGACAGACAAGCUAGAACAUGCUCAGGCUCCCAGCAUGGAGCGCUUUGAGGCCAUGCUUCACAACAUGCAGUCCUGGACAUCCUGAUAGGCAGCCUUUUCCGCCUUGCUUCUUAUUUCACGCAUACUAAAAAGAAUUGUCAGUUCCACACCUGCAGGGGCAUGCUUCUAAUUUGCCUGGCUCGACUUGUGCACUAAUAAUUAAUCCACUGAUAAGUCAAACUAGGUGAGUUAGAUAAACGUAUGUAGUGCUGUGGUCUUUCAGGAUUGGACCUGCCCGUUUCUUUGCUAUAUGCUUUAAGAUCUGGAUUACACAUCCCUCACAUCCCCACACAACCUGAAGACCUCCCAGUAAUCUCAUACAUGCACAAGAAAACCCUGCCACACAUGUAUGUUUGCAGCUGUAAGUUCAUAUAGGUUGUAUUAUACACUGAUGCUUUGUUAUUAGCUUUUUAAUUAAUUUAUUUUUGUAACCUGGAGAUGAUUAAGAUGAGGAUACAUUUUACCCAUACACUCCAGAACAAAUUAAGUGUGCCUCUGUAUCAUUAGCAUUAUUUAUAUUAUAUAGUCUUAGAACAUUGUAGCUUCCUGUACUGUUGAAGUGGUUUAAGUUAUAAGUGAAAUUACAUUUUAAAAAUCUGUCUCUACAAUUAUGGGUUUUUAACUGUUUGGUUGGUGGUAACGUUUAACUGUGGUAAUAUAAUGUCUGAUACUGUCUGAUUUUAUUAUUUUGAACAGUCUGCCCUGCUGUUUCUGUUGCUUUUAUUAAGGUCAGCAUUGCCCAUGGUGAUGAUAUUUGACUGAGGUUUUGCUUGUUUUGAUUCUUUUUAUUUUUUUAUUUUAACAUAUCUACUGUAGCCUGUGGUACACAUUGAAGGCAUAUUUAAGCCAAACGAACUCAAAUUUACAUAGUUUAUACUUAUACCUAUUUAUAAUUUAUCAUUACAGAUGAGCUGAGUGUCUCGCAUUUGUUUUUUUUAGUUUUGCGUUACAGCAGAAAGGCUAAUGUAGCUAACAAGUAAUGGAAGCAUAUUUCACCUGAAUUCUUUUAGGAAAUGCCCUCGGACUUAUGAUUUUAAGUUUACAUGAGUUCAUUCAAAAAAACUAAUACACUGUGAUGUUAUGGGGUCAAUAAUCUUUGACAAUCAGUAGGUUUUUCUAUAGUGCAUUUCUUUUAAUAUAAUUUUGCCCUAAAGUUGAAACGUUCUAAUGGAAAGCUGGAUAGUUAUGUGGAUGAUAAUGUAUAUAAAUAAUAUUCUACUUAUACAUAAUUCCUAACACAAAGACUUUAUUUAUCCAUGGAAUUAUGUAGAACAAUAAUGUCAUUAAAGCAAGUAUAUGGAGAUUUUGGCAGGUAUUUAUAGAACAAGAUGAUUAUUAUUAGCUCCAUUAGCCUUGUAGCUCUAAUGCAAAGCAGAAAAUGUUGGACAUUAAAAAUAUUUUGCCUGUUAAACUACUUUAUUAGUAUAUAGAACUUCUGUAUGGAUUUCUGAAUUAUUUAUUUACUUUCUGGUUAGUAUUUGAACCUUUGUGCUGGUUUAAAAAAAAACAGGUAGGUGAUAAACCCAUCCUGCACAUGCUUGGGAUCUGUUUUACCUGAAAGCCGCAGAUUAGGUUUUAUAGACUGCCCAGUUGUUUCCUAUUUGGCAUCUCUAAUGUAAAGCAUAUAACCUGGCUCAUGAAAUUAGAAGAUCUAAGCAACUAUCGUAUGAACAUAUAUUGUGAAGAAUGUGCAUGCACUAAAGUACUAAUGCAUUUCUCUAAUGUGGGUGAAUUCACUCAAUUGGCAAAUUGAGGGUAUUUUCUUUGUUUUAUUGGUUUGUAUCUCAGGUGCCAUACCUAAGUAUGUAUUCCCUUGAAUAAUAUGCUUCAAAAACAUAAAAAAGUCAUACUAAUUUAUUGCAAGUAGUAAAUGUUCUAAUUGUAGUCUUCUCAAAUUAGUUUUUCUCUGUCAGGAAAAAAUGUAUUGUUGAAAUUGUAUAAAGGUAAAUGUGUAUUGGCUGACUGGUAGAAUGGGCCUGCCUUAGCUUCUAUUAAUCAAAAACUCAGCCCUUGUCCUGCCUUCAGCAGAUUCACUGGAAAGAUCCAGAGAUUGGUGGUGCUCAGAGUGACCAGUGGCACUUAUCCACAUCUAUACAAAAUAUUUGUUGGGCGUCUUCAAUAGCAUAUAUAUCAGCAUGCAUUCCCAACAUUAUAGAUUGGAGCAUGAAAGAUUUUACUCUCCGAGCCACUUUUCCUCCAGCAGACCAACAAAUAUUACAAAUGCCUCCUUGAGUUUUGAUAAGGUUCGAUCAUAAAGCUGUGCAGUAACUCCCCUCAAAGUGCUCUUUCCUAGACAGCGUAGGCAUUGACCACAGACUAGCCAUCUGUGUGUACUUUUGUAUUCAACUGCAGCUUUGCAAAAACUAACCAUUAUUAUAAUGUAAAAUAAAUUAUUAUAUGUAAAGUGGAAAGUAUUUAAUUAAUAUAUUUCAGCUUUGUUUAUGGGUCAUUGUGCACAUUGUCGCAUAUGUUAAGCAUACCGCCUGUUUGUUGUGUGACCUCUACCACUGUUUAAGUCAAAUUUAUUCAUCAGGUUGAUUUUCUGAGAAACAAAUGUCUAAUGUAAACACAUGACUUCAGGGAGCUUUGAAGCUUACAUGUUCAUCUCUUCCCAAUAAAUAAGAGAAAAAAUUAA